AUGCCCUUUGAGCAACGCAGAGCAGAAGGCCCCCACCCCCGUAUUUCUCCCGCACCCGCACGCAGCACCCCCCUUUCUUUCCCCCCUCCCUCUCCCCCCUACUUUCGUUCCCCCUCACUUCCCCCCCUUCCUCCUUCCCACACCACACCCUCUUUCCCCUCUCCCCCUUCCCCCCUUUCCACCCUCCACCCCGCCCCCUCCCUCCCGACUUUUUUUUUGUAUACUUUGUCGAAGCCCAUGGCUCUAGACAGGAACGCUAUGGACGGCACCAUCCCACCCGUCCUCUCCACUACCCUCAAGGAUCUGUACAUCCUUUCCUCUCCAUGCCCGACCCAUGCUCGCCCCCAUGCUCGCCCCCAUGCUCGCCCCCAUGCCCGCCCCAUGCCCGCCCCUAUGCCUGCCCCAUGCCCGCCCCUAUGCCCGCCCCUAUGCCCGCCCCAUGCACGCCCCAUGCUCGCCCCCAUGCCCGCCCCCGUGCUCAUUCCCCCACCUUCUCUUGUCUUCCCCCCUCUGUCAUUCAUGCUGCAAUGUAUCUCUUUCUAUUCUGGCUUUCUUGUGUUCCUCUGCUGUUGCAAAGCUGUUGUCUCAACGAUUUCGCACAUGCGGCUGUCCCCUCUGCUAUGA